CACGCGUCGACGAUGCCUGACACUACUCUGAAAACCCAUCCUGGGGAGUUUACAUGUUUGGCCUUCUCUCUUGACGGAACACGCAUAUACACGGGAGAAAAGGAGAACGUUUUGCGCGCAUGGGAGCUGACGAAAGACGAUCGUGGCGGCGCAACUGAUAUAGAGUCAAAUGGAGGCAUAAACUGUGUUGCUGCAUCGGUUGACUGCUGGCUGGCUGCAAGCGGAGACGGAGUCGUUAGAAGAUAUAAGAAGCACGAGACUUUGCUCGAGGGUGUAGUAGCAGCGGGGGCGCUGUCAGCAAGAUGCGUUGCAGUCAAUCCCUCUUCGAAAUUCGCCGCUGUGGGCUCAGACGACUUAUUUUUGAUUCUGGUGGAUUUGAACGACACGCUGAAUCUGCAGAAAGUGGAGGCACACAGAAAGGCGAUGCGCCAAAUUACAUGGCACCCAAAAGAGCAUUUACUGACCACCUCUGGAUGCGAUGGUGAAAUUAUUGUUUGGGACACCUCUGACAAAACGCCCACUAAACUCCAACACCUGCCCCUUCUACCAACAAUCACAGACACGACGAUAAAAGAAUUCCUCUUCGACUGUUCUGCAGUCUGGCAUCCGUCUGGCGACUACUUUUUCGUGGCUUCCCGCAGUCGAUCCGUCGUUUCGGUUCGGCGGUCGGAUUGGAAGGAAGACAGGACAUAUGUGAACACCAAACGCUCUGGGCCCGUGACAGCUCUCGCCGUUUCGCCAAAUGGCGCAUACCUUGCGACCUCCAAUCAGUCCAAGCCACCCGCUAUCGACAUUUGGGAUAUAGCGAGCCACAAGAUCAUCAUAAGCCAUGAUAGUCAAACCCCAAACAGCGGCUUCGUCCACCGUCUCGCUUUCUCACCAAUUGCUAACUUAUUGGCGUGGGUAAUGAGUGACGGUACCUUCGAAAUAUUGCCAGACGCUAUCCCAAAAUCGCACCCCGAUCCGAUUGCUCCUGUUGUGGUAGUGCCUGUGGCCAAGAAGCUGCCGGAAAAAGCAAUGGAUGAGGUUCUGACGGAUUUCAAUGCUUUAAACGAUCUCGUAGACGACGGUGAUGACACGGAAGAUGGUCCAGCGCCCAUUGACGUCGAUCUGGAGGAGACCGACGACGAAGACGACAAUGAAAACAGGAUAAGAGAAAUGGGCAAGUUGUCCUUUCUCACCUGCGACUCUGACUCAUACGCAUUUGUAGUCAAUGUCACCAAAGCCCAGCCGCCAUUUCAGCCUGGCGAGACUCCGUUGUCACAGACGAAACGAUUCCUAACUAUCAACGGGUUGGGCUACAUUGAAAGCACGGCUGUCCCAGCACUGGCAGAAGAACAAGAACACAAGUUUAUCGAGGUCAAGUUGUUCAAUGAAUCGAAGCGCAAAUCUAUCAAGUUUCGGGAUGAUGUGGGGUACAACCUAGGCUAUCUGGGCGAACGGGGUGUUGUCUUCGGCAGCAGCAGCGAGCCGUCACAGGUGUUGUUCAAGCCGUAUCUGGAGGACAGCGCCUUGUCUGAUUGGACGUAUACCCCAUCAUCUCAUAUCCUUGGAAUCACAGCUGGCGGUUUUCCGCCUCGAGGGAGCACAAGAAAUGCAAAUGACACAGAUGUCGAUGGUUUCGGGAAUGUUGUUGUUGCCACGGUGGAUGGCGCUUUGAUUUUCCUGAGCGGUACCGGUCGAGAGAGGCGAAUCAUAGGUUUGGGUGGGGAUGUCGUGACUAUGGUCGCUGGUCACGAAUGGGUCUUUGUUGUUCACAGAGCUGGUUCGACGACCAUUGAUGGCUUCCAAAAUCUCUCUUACAGUCUUAUCAACUUUGAGGACUUCAGUGUCCGACAAAGAGGCUUCCUUCCGCUGCCUAAGAAGGCGACACUGAAAUGGGUUGGCAUCACGGAAGAAGGCGCACCCGCCAUGUUCGAUACCACGGGCCGCAUCCAUGUGUUGACAAAAUUCCGAGUGCCACAUCAUGCGUCCUGGGCACGGAUAAUGGACACAGAAAGGCUGGAACGGAAGAAGGGCAAGGACGAGUCGUACUGGCCAAUCAGUAUUUUCGGCAGCACCCUUCUGUGUUUCAUUCUGAAGGCGGGUUUAUUCCCUUCUUUUGGACAAGAUCCAUAUCCCAAGAACCCGCUGCCCCCGCCACAAGAGUUGCCCAUCGAGAUGCCAUUCACUAGUGAAAACAGGGCAGAGGAAAAGCUUGAAAGAAAUGCGAUCCUUGUCGAGAUUAUGCGGGACGGUUUGGACGACGAGCUAACGAGCGCCGAAAUCACCAAGGCCGAGCAAUCGAUGGACAAGGACCUCGUGUUGCUGAUCCAAGGAGCCUGCAAACUCAACCAGACCGCGCGUGCCAUUGAACUCGCGAAACUGAUCCAUAAUCCGCUCUUCCUCGACUCUGUUAUCAAGAUCGCGCAUUUCUACAAAUUUGAGGGGCUGAUGGAAAAGAUACAGGCACUGAAAAGCAUCCGCGAGGUUGAGGAGGAAGACCGGCUUGUUCUUGCGCGCGAAAAAAGGCGGCAGUGGACAAGACAAGACCCGCUUCCUCGUCCAUUAGCUGAUCAUGGGUAUGCGAGUUCAUCAGCGCCUACCAAUGCGUUCCAGAACUUUGCGCCUCCACCGGCAAUAUCACGACCAGGUCUUGCGCCAGCCAUUCCUGUCAAAGAGACGACGCGAUUUGCCGCAUUAAUGGACGAUCCGGCUGCGUUUGUCCCUGAAACCAAGCGGAAGCGUGACGAUUUGGAGGAUUUCUCGUCGUCGCAAGACAUUGCUAUGCCGCCGCCCAAACAGAAAGUCAACCCUUUUGCGCGCAAAAACGGGACUGACGCUAAGCGGAAUCCGUUCGGGACCAAGGGCAGCAGCAACCGGAUCGAAAAAAGCGACAGCUUCUUUGAGAAGGUUGACGCGGCUGAGGAUGCGCCAAAGACUAAGCGUGGGCCUAAGGCCAAAGAGAAGAAGGAAGGGCCGAAACAGACGACACUGUUUGGCAUGCUCUCAAGUUCACGAAAGUCCAAGUUAUCCGAGUCUGAGACGGCAGUCGAGUCGCAAGAUUCAGACGUGUCAAUGCUGGACGCUUCGUCGGUGAUAGAAUCACAGCCAGAUCUGCCAGAGGAGUGGGAGGAGACGCAGCCAAUUGAUAUGGAGUAA